CUUCUUGCCAGUCUCCAGUUUAUACUCAAGACUAAUUUUCAAUAUCAAUUGUUUUAAAGUAGUUUCUAAACCGGUUGCUGAAUGUCUGUCUACAUUCUGCAGAGCACACAAUUUAAUUUGAGUCAAGAUUUUUCUUACUCUGAUCCUGUGUCUGACUGACAUUCUCACUAUUUGCUUCUGUAAACAAGAGGGCGGGGCCUUGAAUCCCGCCACAGGUAGGUUUAACGUACACCUGUACUACUAUGAGACGGAAAAUACAUUUUAAGACCUACACUAGUAGUAAUAAAAUCACUGCAUACGACAAGAUACAAUGAGGACUUUAGUGAUUUCCACUUUACUGUUUGCUAUGGGCGCAUGUUUACAUGCAAUAACCACAUCGUAUUCUAUUCCUCCAGAAGACCUGGAUGGAUCGGGACAUGAUCUGGAAAGUUCUGGCUCAGGUUCAGGGGAACGGGCAGAAGUGUCCAAAGGCUCAGUGAGGUUUACCACUAUCUCAACAUUUACAAUGACAAUGAGUGAAGAUGACUUAAUGUUCAAUGCCAUUGAUGAAGAGGAUAAAACCGUCCCAAUUAUAAUGACAGACAACACCAGAAAUAAAAUAUCAGAGGACUCAGACUUGACCUUUGACAAAAGGCCUAAGCUAGAUGACAACAACGGAUCAGCCAUUGGCAAUGUGGCAAAGAGCGGGGGUCUUCUAGCAAACAAAGAAGCUCUUGCAGCUAUUAUUGCAGGAGGAGUGGUGGGACUGGCCUUGGCUGCCUCCCUGUUAACACUCAUGGUCUAUAACAUGAAGAGGAAAGAUGAGGGAGGCUACACUGUCAACCAGAAAAACACAUCUAACGGAGGAUAUCGGAAACCGAAGACCAAGGAGGAGUUUAUUGCGUAACUUCCCCUCAAAGACAAAAUAAUGUCUCAACCCAGCA